CUGAGGUCGGACAACGAAGACACCGAGGAAGAAUUUCAACUUCAGUUAGCUACGCUGACGUCCGCCACCAUGAUACACACACGCAGCUAAACGUUCACUUAUUUAAUCUAAUGAAUUUUUAAUAUUGUUUGACCACAACACGGCGCAAAAUGUGGAGGUUAAACAAGGUCCGACACAAAGCUGCUGGUCGGCAUGGCGACAGCCUGGAGGAGCUCAAACUAACGAGGCGAGAGCACGAGAGAGCACUGAGACAGGCCCGCAGAGACCGACAGCUUGUGAGUAAGAGACUUCUGCUGAAUGAAGAUGAGGACCAGCCAGAGGUCACCAUGGACACCAACUCAGGGGAACAGGACGUGGUCAGCUUGUUCCACAAACUUCAACAGACUGGCUCAGAGAGAGAGGCCCGCCUGAAGGCUUUGAGUAAAGCUCUCCGCGACCCAUCAGCACAGCUCGCCUUCAUCAAGCAAGAGAAUAGCAUGCAUCUUCUGGUUGGUUUCCUCACUGGCUCUGAUGCUACAUGCCGUCUGCAGGCUGUACGGUGUCUACAUGAGCUGUCUCACUCUCCCCACACCAACGUGGCACCAGCCUGUCUGCCUGCUACCCCCUACCUGCUCACCUACCUGUCUGGCCAGAGUACCAAAUUCACUGAGCUGUGUCUCUACACACUAGGUAAUUUAUGCCCAGAGAGUGAUGUCGUAAAAGAGAAACUCCUGGCGCAGGGAAUCAUACCAGCUCUGGCCAACUGUAUAGAGAACCAGAGGCAUAACCUUGCUGUGGUGGAAGCUGUGGGGUUCACCCUCUCUCAGCUUCUCCAGGCCAAAGAUGCAGCAGAGAAAAUAAUCCCGAUGGUCCUGGCCUCCAGUUUACCUUCACACUUGUUGUCAGUCCUGACUCCUGACCCAGAUUUUGGCCUGGCACCUGCCAUUGAGUGUGCAUGGUGUCUGCACUACCUCACAUGCAGCACGGAGGAUAAUAGAGUGCUGUUGGCUCAUGGGGCCUUGUUGAAGUGCAGUUCCCUGUUGGUGUCACUAGGUGCUGCUGUGGCUGAAGGAAACAAAGAAGAAGGAAUGGAGCUGCUCAUCUGUCCUCUGCUGAGGUGCGUAGGAAACCUCCUGUCCUCCUGCCUAGUGGAAGACCUGAGCACUCAGGUGGGUGACGUCCAUAUCGUGGUUGCUCUUUGUGCACUUCUUCAGGCAUACCUGCAAACACAGCCAGCCUUGGCCAGAGAAAGUGCCUGGGUCCUCAACAACCUCACAGCUUACUCCAGUGCUUUGUGCUCUGCUCUGCUGACUUUCAACCUGGUCCCUGGAUUGAUCCAGCUCCUCCCAUUCUCUCAAGGCAUCAACACCAUGAUCCUAAGGGCUCUAGCAAAUAUUGCCCACAAGAAAAAGGAGUUCUGUGUCCAGCUGGCCCAUCUCGGACUGCUGUCUGCACUCUGUGCCACACUUAAAAUGGCUGACCAAGAGAUGGUGACCCUGAGUAUGGAUGUCCUGUUCAUGCUGGUAGUUAGUGGACCACAGGUAGCCGAGGAGUUUGUGAGGCAAGGCGGACUUUCACUACUAGAAGCCAUUCAGUACAACAGCAAAGGGGAUAUCAGAAGAAGAGCAACACAUCUCCUGGAGCACCAUCUACUAUCUUACUCAGUGGACACCCCAUGUUCCUGAAUCAACAGGAUGGCAUCAAAUUCAUGUGUCACAAAACAGAAACACGAGGACACACCUAAGAAAGUUUAGUACAAAUCGUUUACUCUUUGUACUCUGUAAUAGACAAACAAUGUUGUUAUAUUUAAAGUAAUAUUUGAUACCUUUUUAAAUAUGAUGUUUACCAUCUUCAUUGUUGUUAUGAAUAGUAUUUUAAUAUAUGCAAAGAUUAAAUAUUUUUUAAUACCUGGGAUGCAUUCUUACAGUCUUACACUCAUUCACAAACCUCUGACAUGUCUUGUUUCUGUUACAUAUUGUGCCACCAUCACUUGAGAGGCUGAAGAAGGCUGUAUGUAUUUAAUGUGUAUACAGAUCCGAUUUAUAUGGCCGUCUCAAUGUCUAGCAUAAGCGUGAUGAUAAAGCUGCCUUUUUUUGGAUUUGUGAUGAUGUCUUUGAGAAGUAUUAUGUGUUUUGAAACAAUCAUGUCAUUAAUGGUCGACAUUCAACAAUAAAAUUAUAAAUGAAAUGAUA